GCUGCUGUGCUGGUUGAUUGAGACUUUCUUGUUCCCAGGAAUUGAGACAGAAACACUCACAGCGACUAGGACUUCUGACCUGCACUGGCUGCUGAGUGACCGACAGGGAGAAAUUCUUACUUCACAGACCUUUUGAGAGGAUCAUCCAUCAGGUUUGUAGAGCUUCUGAUCUGCAGUAAGUGGAGAAUAGAUGAUGGAUGAAGUCAAGCAGUUUCUGAGAGUCUCAAGAGUUUACAUUGAGAAAAUUCUUCGACCUUCUUAUGUAACAGCAUACAUGAUGACAUGGCUGAAAGAAGAUGUGAUAGAACAAAUAAAGCACAAGGAGCAGGAGGGACCCACUGUGGCGUCUACGCUGUUUGUAGAUAAAUUAUUGGAGCUGCAAGAUGAAGGAUGGUACCAAGCAUUUAUAGAUGCGCUAAGGGCCUCAGGAUACACUGGCCUGUGUGAUGCACUAGAAAAGAGAGAUUUUAGAGACAUUGAGUGUUUAGAAGGAGACAGACGACAUCUAAGCAUUAUUUAUAGUACUGUUAAAAGUAAUAUCAAACCAGAUGAACUAGUGCCAUAUUUCACUCAAUGCUUUCUGCAUGGGGAGCUUGAGGCAAUUAAACAGGAAACUGUGCAAAAGGGAGAUUGUGCAGGAGCUGAAAAACUUAUCGAUUGUCUGCUUCGAUCAGAUAAAAAGCAAUGGCCAAAGAUCUUUACCAUAGCCUUAGAAGAAAAGAAUUUCACACCGGUUCUUGAGGUGUGGUCUGAAAAUAAAGAUUCGGAAUGCAAAAAGGAAACAGAAUCAUCUUGUGAAGAAGAGGGAGAACAAAGUACCUUUACUAUGUUCCAAUAUUCAGAAGAGGCUGACUCACAAAAUCACUGUCUGUCAGCUGCCCCUGAGCUGCGUCUGAAUCAUGACAGCAGUGUAGCGAAUGUUCCACAACUGACCGGUUACUUUCAUCAAUCUACUUCUGAGCUGAAAUUGAGAAAUUAUCAAGAAGAGCUGGCACAGCCUGCGCACCAAGGGAAAAAUACAAUUAUAUGUGCCCCAACAGGAUCAGGGAAAACAAUCGUGGCACUUUCAAUAUGUGAUCGUCAUCUAAAGUCCAUGCCAGCGGGACAAAAAGGAAAAGUUGUUUUCUUGGCAACUAAAGUACCAGUUUACGAACAGCAAAAAGAUAUCUUCUGCAAGUACUUUGAAGGCAGCGACUACUCUGUAGUGGGGUUUUGUGGUGAAUCACCAGAGAAUGUGCUGAUUGGAAUGGUUUUGGAAAGCAGUGACAUCAUUAUUCUGACCCCUCAGAUUCUUGUCAACUGUCUUAAGGAAGGAUCCGUGCCUUCCCUCUCCAUAUUUACAUUGAUGAUUUUUGAUGAAUGUCACAACACAAUAGGUUCUCACCCUUACAACGUGCUUAUGUUUCACUACUUGGAUAUGAAGCUUGGCUCCACAGGAGAGAAGUGUCCACAGAUCAUUGGAUUAACGGCCUCAGUGGGAACUGGAAAAGCCAAAAAUGAGGAUGAAGCUACACAGUACGUCCGUAAACUGUGCGCCAGCCUUGACAUUGAAGUCAUAUCUACAGUCAAGAAGAAUGUGGAAGAAUUGGAAAAAAUUGUAUACAAACCUGAGAAACUUAUUCGUGAACUGACUCCCCGUAAAACUGAUCUUUUUAUUAAUGUAAUGUCAGAAAUAAUGUCAGAGACAGAAAAAAUGGCACGGAACAUUUUCCCUCAACUUGACUCUCUGUCCAAUAUCCAGAACCGGAGUUUUGGCACUCAAAAGUAUGAGCAGUGGAUCAUUGACACCCAAAGAAAAUGUCGCAUAUUACAAAUGGAGAACAAAAUGGAAGAGAGCCGUAUCUGCCAAGAACUGUUUACAUACACAGAACAUUUACGGAAAUACAAUGAUUCAAUCAUGAUAAACGAUGAUGCUCGGACGAAAGAUGCCUUGGACUACCUAAAAAACUUUUUCGAAAAUGUUAAAAAUGGGAGCUAUAACCAAAUUGAACAGCAGGUGACAAAGGUCUUUGAAGCCAAAUUGCCUAUUUUGGAGGAUAUAUCAAGCAACAAUUUAAAUCCAAAGCUGGAUGAUGUUGAGUUCAUCUUGAUUGAGGCCUAUCAUGAAAAUCCACAGACACGCACACUGUUGUUUGUCAAGACUAGGGCUUUGGUGUCGGCUUUGAAAAACUGGAUUGAAGAGACCCCAAAUCUCAGGUUCUUGAAACCAGAUAUUUUAAUUGGAAGGAAUAAAAAGCAUGAUAAUAUAGGCAUGACCUUACCAAGUCAGAAAGGUGCACUGGAGUCGUUUAAAACCAAUAGUGAGAGCAAGCUGUUAAUUUCUACAUCAGUGGCUGACGAAGGCAUUGAUAUACCAGCUUGCAACCUUGUCAUUCUAUAUGAAUACGUGGGCAAUGUCACCAAGAUGAUCCAAGUUAGAGGUCGAGGAAGGGCAAAGGACAGCAAAUGCAUCCUAGUGACAGGUAAACGAGACGAAGCUGAAAAGGAAAAGAUGAAUCUGCUGCACGAGAAAUUAAUGACUACAGCUGUGGAAAAUGUGCAAAAUCAAAAUAAGCAGGAUCUCCAGAAUAUGAUUAUGCAAAUUCAGAAGAGUGAAAAAACCCAACGUGACUUAAAGAAGAUUAUUAAGGGACCAAAGCUAACAGAAGAAAACAAGAGGCUGCUGUGUUGGAAAUGCAAACGAUUUGCAUGCAAUACAGAUGACAUUCGAGUUAUAGAGGAAGCUCAUCACACAGUGAUUGAUAGCACCUUCAAAGAACGCUAUAUUACAGAACCUCACAAAAAGCCACGUGGUUUCUCUGGCUAUACAAAAAAGUUCAAGAUAUUCUGCAAUAAUCCUCAAUGCAAAGAAGAUUGGGGGAUUUCUGGCAUCUACAAACACUUUCAGGACAUCCCUCUGAUAAAAAUUGAUAAGUUUGUGGUGGAAAGCAAAAAUGGAAAACAAGAAUAUGUCAACAAAUGGAAUAAAGUCAAUUUUAGAAUGAAGGACUUUGCACUAGAAGAAAUAUCAGAGUCAUUCUCUGCUAGCACAUAAUACCAUAAAGGGACACUAUAGGGAAGAAGUGACACUCUCAAAUGUUUCUAUUACAUA